GAGCCCUCCCCCACUCAACACUCGGUUCAGGGAAAAAAAGAUUUCCAAGUAAUCUGCGUCCUCCAAGUGAGAGAAUCGGACACGCGAAGAUCUGAUGCUUGUGACUUCGGCAGCCCCAUGGCUAAUCGCGGGGAUCAGGAGUAUUUUAGAUCUGCCAGCAACGACUCUACCACGUACAUGAUCAUUCCGGCAGAGCAGCGUGCAGAGAAACCCACAAAGCUCUGGAUUGCUAUGGUGGUGACCGUGGUGAUCGUAUUGCAAAUCGUGUCCACAGCCGGUCUCUUCGUUUACUUCACUACGACGAUUUCGCAGGUCAAAAGCCAAGGAGUGUCGGAAGAGCUGAAGUGCUUGAAGUUCCUCAACACCAUUGAACGAGACACCACAGGCCAAUACAACUCGGAUGACUUGAAGGAGCUGUUUGGCAGUGAACCAUGCAUGAAGCUGGCUGAUGGCAUCAGGUCCUACGUAUCAAAGGUGACUGAAAAUAUUAUCAGAAAGCAAGCACUUCAAGAGGCGAGGAACAUACCAAGGACUUUCAACACAUCAGGGGUUCAGUUCACAAGCGAAGCAACGCAAAGACCAUCUGCUCAUCUGGCUUUGAGGGACGCGGCCCACGCCAAUCACGGUGGACCCCAUCCAUCCCAGACGCAGAGUGGUGACCUACAGCAGUCCUGCCGGCACACCAUUCACACCUGGAGCGCCCACAGUUUUGGGUCUCACAUGCACAACAUGACCCUGAAGGACGGGCGGCUUAAGGUGCCCCGGGACGGCCGCUACUACCUUUACUCGCAAAUCUACUUCCGUUACCCUUUGGAGACCAUCCACGAUCAUCCGGAGCUGGCCAUCAGUCACCAGCUGGUCCAGUGUCUGUACAAGAAGACAUCUUAUUUGGAGCCAAUCCUCCUCCUCAAGGGUGUGGCCACAAAGUGCUGGGCGGACGAUGCGGAGUACGCCCUUCAUUCCAUCUACCAAGGUGGCCUGUUUGAGCUCAGGGAAGGAGAUGAGGUCUUUGUGUCGGUGUCGUCCAUGCCUAUUGUGUAUCCUGAUGAAACGUCAAGCUACUUUGGAGCAUUCAGGCUGGAUUUGUGACUGUGAAGACCACCGCUUUGAGUCAUCUCAUGACUGUGUGCCAGGAGGCUGAUUAAUCGUCUUGCCUCAGAUGGCUGAUUCGCCUCGUCUGGUGUAGUCAUCUUUUUUCAAUGUAGCAUUCUAACAAUAUGAAGGAAAGAUAGCAAUAACCACUACAUUACUCUUUUCAAACCAACUUUGAUUAAGGGGUAUUUCCUUGGUCCAGAUGCCCCGUCCGCCUCCUUUGUUUAUUGUAGAACAAAGACUUGCUGUAGAAAUCUGAGCCAUGCAUUUGCUUUAUCACUCACAUUUAUGGUGUUAAGGAUACAAAACAAGAAAGCAAAUCUCUUUUUAGUUUCUUGGUGAUGGAGCUCCGCUGUUUUGUUUGACUGCAUCUCAAAUUCCAUAGUGGACAAUGGGCACCACCCACAGGGGAAAAAAAAAACACCCAGCAUGGCAUCAAUAGGAAUGCAAAAGUAAACGUUUGUGUGAUCUUCAAUGGGGAAACUGAACAUGCCUACUCAGAUAUCACCGUACCGUCGUGAAUUGAGGUCACGGGGUGCUGAAGGAUUGCUCAGUGACAUAAUAAGGGGCCGCUGCUCAAUGCCAGUUUGAUUUGUUGGUGCAAUGGUAGCCUUCACUCGUGUCUCCAAUGUGGUAAAAAAACAAAAUGUGCACUCUGUGCCACGCAUCGCCCCUUUUCUUGGCACCAUCACUGUAUUUCGACAUCUGACCCACAGGCAGAUGUGGUGACUUGGUGAGGGUCUCACACCGAGCCCUGGGUAAACACCUUGGCCACAAGAGGGCAGCACUGCCUGAAAGAGCAAGCUGUUGAGACCCACUGUCCGUUCUUUGCCUAGUUGGACUGCCAGUGGUGUCUUCAAGGCCACAGUCCACCCUGAAUGGGAAGCUCACAGCAUAACCACCCGACGCCUUGACACUUGUGGCACAGCCAGGCCCACUUUGGAGGGGCGGUGUUUUCUGAGCUUUGCACGUCAGCCUCAGGGCCUACGGCUCUUCUGAUGAUAAAAAUAGAAAAUGUUUGACGACACACCACAGUUUAGAUGCACGCCUGGCCCCAAGCUUUGUGUUUUUGUUGGUGGAUUAAAACUGGAAAGUGCAUGGAGCUGAAACAUGAGACGUGAGGAGAAGAGGAGACUUUUAUGAAACUGUGUGGCAGAGGGAUAAUCCUUCAACCUGUAUGCAGCAAACACAAAUGAAAUUACUUAAAAGGAGCCGCCGGGUAUGGAAAUGGCAGUCAGAUUGGCUUACGGUGGGUGUGAAAUUAGAGAAGCAGUAGGAGUCUCUGUUAGCGUUUCAGUGACCAACACAGGGCCUACCAGCCAAGAGAAAAGGACCAACCCCAGCGAUAGUCAGGGCAAGGCGGGCACCACCCAUCUGUCAGUCCAUCACUAGGCAGAGUUAGCAGGGCCACACUGCACGUCUGUGGGGUUACAAGGAUGGUGGACCCUGCAGGACAGCAGCAAUCGCCACUCGGCCACCAUGUCACCUCGACAGGAACAUUGAUGGCAGAAACGCAGCGCUAAGGUCUGCCCGGCCCUAGGCUGUGAACACAAAUACGUAUAACGUGGCAUCUGCUCCAGAAUCGCCGUUUUAUUGUCAUUUCAUACUUGAGCUCAUUCCACGGCUGAGGAUCAUCCUGUCUGUCAAUUGCAAUCUAACAUUAGAUUUGUUAAAAAUAAAAUGUAGAAACAGAAGGACAUUUUUAUUAUAGCUAUUACUGUCCUGUCUCCGGUUACGCCUGUGGCCCUGACCCACUCGGUGACCCGGGGCAGACUGAGGGUACGAAAUUUGAAAUCACGGCUACACGCGCGCAGGCCUGUUUAGUCCAAUUCAGAGUCGUGGGGCUUCUUAAAUAAAAUGAAACAACACGCCGAGGAGCACGACGGCAGUAAUGAGGCCCCUCGCUGUCCAGGUUCAGCAUCUUGUCCACUCAGAUACUUUAUGAUAUUUUAUUUUAUUGCCGGCUCUUUCUCGCUCUGCCCUUGAAUUUCUCCCCAAUUUCCGGUUGGUUGCAAGGUAAAUCUACAAAUUUUAUUCUACGAUGGCAGGCCCCCCAAUCUAUCCUCCCAGCUGCCUUUUCUGGAUUUGGGGUCCUGCUGUGGCCAUCGCCCACCUCUGUAGUCAAAGGCCUGCCAUGUGUGUCUCUGGGUGGGCUGCGUGCCCAGGAACAGACUUUUUAGAAAGAGAGUUGCAAACUGCAACAGAGUUGUGAAUUAAUUCACAGUGAAAGUACUGUACAUGAAAGUAGAAAUGCUGUACAAACGUCAACUUUCUUUAAUAAAACUUUGUUUAAUAAAAU